AUGACGCUAGGAUUUCAAAAUCUAUCAUUUCGAGGCCACAAUGAAAAAAUUGACAGUGAAAACCGUGGUAACUUCUUAGCAGUCAUCGAUCUUCUUGUGAUUUAUGUCCCUAUAUUAUCGGAACUUUUACAACGCGGACCUAAGAAAAUCAAUUAUUUAAGUGCCACUAUACAAAAUGAAAUAAUUGAUAUGAUUGCUAAAUGUGUAAAAAAAUCUAUAAUUUCUGAUGUACAAAAAGUUCCGUUUUUUUCGUACAUAACUGAUACCACACAAGACAUUAGAAAACAUUAUCAAAUGAGUCAAAUAAUUCGUUAUGUAGUCAUUGAAAAAAACGAAGACAAUAAACCGAUCAAACUUAGGAUAGAAGAAUCAUUUCUCGGAUUCUGUUUAUUAAAUGAUCAUUCAGCAUCCGGAUUUGCCGAUCAGAUUGUAGAAAAUAUAAAAAAUGAUGGAUUAGAUAUUAGUAAUUUACGCGGACAAAGUUAUGACGGAGCAGCUGUUAUGGCGGGAAUUUAUAACGGUGUCCAAACAAAAAUAAAAGCUCAUUCGUCUCUUGCAGAGUAUAUUCACUGUAACGCCUAUAAUUUGAACUUAGUUUUAAAUGAUACUAUGACUGCCUCAAUUGAAAUUGAAAUUUUUUUUUCCAUUAUACAAAAACUAUAUGUUUAUUUUACGUUAAGUGGAAAACGCUGGAAAAUUUUAACUGACAUUUUACCAGUUGGUGGAGUAACACUUAAAAAAGUUUGCUCUACCAGGUGGUCAUCAUGCCAUCAAGCUAUUUCUCCUAUUCGAUUUAAUUUUCUAAAUGUUUUAAAAGCUUUAACAAAAAUAAUAUUAUUGUCUAAAAAUAAAAAUGAAAUUUCAGAAGCUAAACAACUUGUAAAAAGUCUUGAAAGUUUCAGCUUUGUAUUAACGUUGGUAUUUGUAAGUGAUAUACUAAGAAAAGUAGAUGGUGUCUCACAAUUGUUACAACAGAGAGAUAUUGAUCUUCACAAAGCUACAGGACUACUACAAACAUUAACAAGUAGUUUGAAAAUUAUAAGAGGAAAUUUUUCGGAAUUUUUCACAGAAGCUACAAAUCUUUCGAAAACAUGGGGCAUAACACCAACAUUUAAAAACCAAAGGUAUACCAAAAAAAAAAUGUUUUUUGAUGAGCUUUGUGAAGACCAAAGAUUAAAAUCACCUGGAAAAAAUUUGAAGUGA